GAUACGGAUACAGAUACAUCGGGGUGGUUGUAUCUGGCAGUCUUGUUUGGACCGUCGAGAAAACCAGAAGCAGAGUUAACGUCUGUCGGCGAUUCGCGCGGUACGUGUGAGAGUGUGCGUUGUUUUGGGAUACGGAUACGGAUUCGGCAGCGGUACGGAAAGCCACCCACACCCCCCGCCAACCGGUUCCAGCGGUUACAGUGGUGGUUCGUGCUAGCGGCGCGCGUUCUGAGUGCGUGAAUGCUGUGAAAUAAAAUAAGUAAAUAAUAGUAUGCAAUAAAGCGAUCGAAUAUCUGACAAAUAGCAGAGUAUCUGUGUGAGUUUGGUGCCUGUGUGUGAGGUUGAUUUUGUGCGGAGUCGCCACCCCCGUGGAUUAGUGGCACCCUGCUGCAAAUAGCCCACCACUGUCACAGUGUGUGUGUGAAUUAAUAAAUAAUAUUAACGAAUUAAUCGACUUUGGCCGGUUAAAAUAGCGAAAACGUUAUCGUGUGUGUCUCAGCCGAAACAAAGGAUCUCUUUUCGUGAAUUUUCAAAUAAACUUGAUAAGCAGACCUACCCUCCAUCACACAAUCCAGUGUAUGGCAUAUAAUAUGAAUAUAGUCAUGGAACGCCUCAAAUGGCUAAUGCUGUACGCAGCUGUUGGCCUCAUUGUCUGUGGCAGUCAGAUUCUGGCUGCCAGCCCCCCCGAUGCCGACCAGAAAGGACCAGUAUUCCUCAAGGAGCCCACCAACCGAAUCGACUUCUCCAACUCCACCGGCGCCGAGAUCGAGUGCAAGGCCAGCGGAAACCCCAUGCCCGAGAUUAUCUGGAUCCGUAGUGAUGGUACUGCCGUGGGCGAUGUUCCCGGUCUGCGUCAGAUCUCCUCAGACGGCAAAUUGGUAUUCCCACCUUUCCGUGCCGAGGACUACCGUCAGGAGGUGCAUGCCCAGGUCUACGCUUGUCUGGCCCGUAACCAGUUUGGAUCCAUCAUAUCCCGGGAUGUUCAUGUCCGAGCCGUUGUGCCACAAUCCUACACCGUUAAUGUCAUGGACGAGUCCAUACUGAGGGGCAAUAGCGCCAUCCUAAAGUGUCACAUACCCAGUUUUGUGGCCGACUUCAUUGUGGUCGAUUCGUGGGUGGAGGACGAGGAGCGAGUUAUUUAUCCCCAGGAGGAUAUCGCAGCCAGCGAUGGCAAAUAUCUGGUACUACCCUCUGGAGAACUACACAUCCGCGAAGUUGGACCCGAGGAUGGUUACAAGAGCUACCAGUGCCGCACCAAGCAUCGUCUGACUGGAGAGACCAGGUUGAGUGCCACAAAGGGACGUUUGGUCAUUACAGAGCCCGUUGGUAGUGUUAGUCCCCAACUGAGCGGGAAUGGCAACCAGGAGCACAUAACACUAAUCCGUGUGCCAAAGAUGGGAAGUGUCACGCUGAUGUGUCCAGCUCAGGCCUAUCCAGUGCCCUUCUUUAGAUGGUACAAAUUCAUUGAGGGAACUACCCGCAAGCAGGCUGUGGUCCUAAAUGAUCGUGUGAAGCAGGUUUCCGGAACUCUGAUUAUCAAGGAUGCAGUGGUCGACGAUUCCGGCAAGUACUUGUGCGUGGUGAACAAUUCCGUAGGUGGCGAGAGUGUUGAGACCGUCCUUACCGUGACCGCCCCGCUGUCGGCCAAGAUAGAUCCUCCCACCCAGACCGUUGACUUUGGACGUCCCGCCGUAUUCACCUGCCAGUACACCGGCAAUCCCAUCAAGACUGUCAGCUGGAUGAAGGACGGCAAGGCGAUCGGACACAGCGAGCCAGUGCUGCGCAUCGAAUCCGUGAAGAAGGAGGACAAGGGCAUGUACCAGUGCUUCGUACGAAAUGACCAGGAAUCCGCCGAGGCCAGUGCUGAACUGAAGCUGGGAGGCCGCUUCGACCCGCCCGUCAUCCGCCAGGCCUUCCAGGAGGAGACCAUGGAACCUGGCCCAAGUGUAUUCCUGAAGUGUGUGGCUGGUGGUAACCCCACUCCCGAAAUCUCUUGGGAACUCGACGGCAAGAAGAUCGCCAACAAUGAUCGGUAUCAGGUUGGACAGUAUGUCACGGUCAACGGAGAUGUGGUUUCCUAUCUGAACAUUACCUCGGUCCAUGCCAACGACGGAGGUCUCUACAAGUGCCAGGCCAAGAGCAAGGUGGGCGUGGCUGAUCACUCCGCCAAACUGAACGUUUACGGCCUGCCCUACAUCCGUCAAAUGGAAAAGAAGGCCAUCGUGGCUGGCGAGACUCUGAUCGUUACCUGUCCAGUUGCUGGCUAUCCCAUUGAUUCUAUUGUCUGGGAGAGAGAUAACCGUGCCCUGCCCAUCAACCGCAAACAGAAGGUCUUCCCCAACGGAACUCUGAUCAUUGAGAACGUGGAACGCAACUCUGACCAGGCGACCUACACCUGCGUGGCCAAGAACCAGGAAGGAUACUCUGCCCGCGGCUCUCUGGAAGUACAAGUCAUGGUUCCUCCCCAAAUCGUGCCCUUCGCCUACGAGGAUGUCAUAAACAUGGGCGACUCGAUCGAUUUGUUCUGCCAAAUCCAAAAGGGCGACCGCCCCGUCAAGGUGCACUGGAGCUUCGAGCGAAGCUCCGGGGAGUCCGGCUUUGAUCAAAUGCAGCCCCAGAUGCGGACGAAUCGCAUCAGUGGGAAGACGAGCAUGCUGUCCAUUCCCAGUGCCAGUCCGGCGCACACGGGCCGAUACACCUGCAUAGCCAGUAACCUGGCCGGAACGACUACCUACAGCGUUGACCUGACCGUGAACGUGCCACCAAGAUGGAUCCUUGAACCCACCGACAAAGCCUUCGCCCAGGGAUCAGAUGCCAAGGUUGAAUGCAAAGCCGAUGGCUUCCCCAAGCCCCAAGUCACAUGGAAGAAAGCUGUUGGUGAUACCCCCGGAGAGUACAAGGACCUGAAGAAGAACGACAACAUUCGCGUAGAAGAAGGAACCCUCCACAUCGACAACAUCCAGAAGACCAACGAAGGCUACUACUUGUGCGAAGCCAUAAACGGCAUCGGCUCUGGACUCUCGGCAGUAAUCAUGAUCAGUGUCCAGGCACCGCCAGAAUUCACCGAGAAGCUGAGGAACCAGACCGCCCGACGAGGAGAACCCGCCGUAUUGCAAUGCGAGGCCAAGGGAGAGAAGCCCAUCGGCAUUUUAUGGAACAUGAACAACAUGCGACUGGAUCCCAAGAACGACAACCGAUACACCAUUCGCGAGGAAAUCCUGUCCACCGGCGUCAUGUCCAGUUUGUCCAUCAAGCGUACCGAAAGGUCUGACUCCGCCCUGUUCACCUGUGUGGCCACCAAUGCCUUUGGAUCCGACGAUGCCAGUAUCAACAUGAUUGUUCAGGAAGUGCCCGAGAUGCCCUACGCCCUGAAGGUCCUUGACAAGUCCGGCCGCUCUGUACAGCUCAGCUGGGCCCAACCCUACGACGGAAACUCGCCCCUGGACAGGUACAUCAUUGAGUUUAAGCGAUCCCGCGCCUCCUGGAGUGAAAUCGACCGAGUCAUCGUGCCCGGACACACCACCGAAGCCCAAGUACAGAAGCUCAGCCCGGCAACCACCUACAACAUUCGCAUCGUCGCCGAGAACGCCAUUGGAACCUCGCAGUCUUCCGAGGCAGUGACCAUCAUCACGGCCGAAGAAGCGCCCUCUGGCAAGCCGCAGAACAUCAAAGUGGAACCCGUGAACCAGACCACUAUGCGCGUCACCUGGAAGCCACCACCACGCAACGAAUGGAACGGCGAGAUCCUGGGCUACUAUGUCGGCUACAAGCUAUCCAACACCAACUCUUCGUACGUCUUCGAAACCAUCAACUUCAUCACCGAGGAGGGCAAGGAGCAUAACCUGGAACUGCAAAACCUGCGCGUUUACACCCAGUACUCUGUGGUGAUCCAAGCCUUCAACAAGAUCGGAGCCGGACCGCUGAGCGAGGAGGAGAAACAAUUCACUGCCGAAGGUACACCCAGCCAGCCACCCAGCGACACUGCCUGCACCACCUUGACCUCUCAGACCAUCCGCGUCAGCUGGGUUAGCCCUCCCCUGGAAUCCGCCAACGGUGUGAUCAAGACUUACAAGGUUGUCUAUGCCCCCAGCGAUGAGUGGUAUGAUGAGACCAAGCGUCACUACAAGAAGACUGCCUCUUCGGACACAGUUCUCCAUGGCCUGAAGAAGUACACCAACUAUACCAUGCAAGUCCUGGCCACUACUGCCGGAGGUGAUGGAGUUCGAAGUGUGCCCAUUCACUGCCAAACCGAACCAGAUGUUCCCGAAGCCCCCACCGAUGUCAAGGCCCUGGUUAUGGGUAAUGCCGCCAUCCUUGUCUCUUGGAGAUCACCAGCACAGCCCAACGGAAUCAUCACCCAGUACACCGUUUACUCUAAGGCUGAAGGCGCUGAGACCGAGACUAAGACCCAGAAGGUGCCCCACUACCAGAUGAGCUUCGAGGCCACAGAACUGGAGAAGAACAAACCUUACGAAUUCUGGGUGACUGCCAGCACGACCAUUGGCGAGGGUCAGCAAUCCAAGAGUAUUGUGGCCAUGCCCAGCGACCAAGUGCCCGCCAAGAUCGCCUCCUUCGAUGACACCUUCAACGCCACCUUCAAGGAGGACGCCAAGAUGCCCUGCCUGGCUGUCGGAGCCCCCCAACCAGAAAUCACCUGGAAGAUCAAGGGAGUGGAAUUCAGUGCCAAUGAUCGUAUGCGUGUCCUCCCCGAUGGCUCUCUGCUGAUCAAGUCCGUGAAUCGCCAGGAUGCCGGCGACUACUCCUGCCAUGCUGAGAACUCAAUUGCCAAGGACUCGAUCACCCACAAGCUCAUCGUGUUGGCUCCACCCCAGUCGCCCCAUGUCACCCUCUCGGCCACCACCACAGAUGCUCUGACUGUGAAACUAAAGCCCCAUGAGGGAGAUACUGCUCCUCUACAUGGAUACACUCUGCACUACAAACCAGAAUUCGGAGAAUGGGAAACUGCUGAAGUGUCCGUGGACUCACAGAAACACAACAUUGAGAAUUUACUCUGCGGCUCCCGCUAUCAAGUCUAUGCCACCGGAUUCAACAACAUUGGCGCUGGAGAGGCUUCUGAUAUUCUGAACACCCGUACUAAAGGCCAAAAGCCCAAGUUGCCCGAAAAACCACGAUUCAUCGAAGUGUCCUCCAAUUCAGUGUCCCUGCACUUCAAGGCCUGGAAAGAUGGUGGUUGCCCCAUGUCCCACUUUGUUGUUGAGAGCAAGAAGCGCGAUCAAAUCGAAUGGAACCAGAUCUCCAACAAUGUCAAGCCCGACAACAACUACGUAGUUUUGGAUCUGGAGCCCGCCACCUGGUACAAUCUGAGAAUCACCGCCCACAACUCCGCCGGAUUCACAGUUGCCGAAUACGACUUUGCCACCUUGACUGUCACUGGAGGCACCAUUGCCCCACUUGAUGAUGGAACGGGACAUGGAAAUGUUCAUACCCGCAUCCGCCUGCCCGCCUGGAUGCCCGAGUGGCUCGAUCUGAACUUCAUGGUGCCCCUGAUAGCCACCGUGGUGGUGGUGGCCGUGGGCAUUUGUGUGGUGUGUGUGGCACUGUCCCGGCGACGAGCGGACGACAUGCGUGGUGGCCAGAAGGAUGUGUAUUACGAUGUAGUUUACAAUCAGACAAUGGGACCCGGCGCCACCCUGGACAAGCGUCGUCCAGAUCUGCGGGAUGAGCUCGGAUACAUCGCCCCGCCCAACCGGAAGCUGCCCCCUGUUCCUGGAUCCAAUUACAACACCUGCGACCGGAUUAAGCGAGGCCGUGGUGGCUUGCGCUCGAACCACUCCACCUGGGAUCCGCGUCGUAAUCCCAAUUUGUACGAGGAACUGAAAGCCCCUCCAGUGCCCAUGCACGGCAAUCACUAUGGUCAUGCUCAUGGCAAUGUUGAAUGCCACUACAGGCAUCCAGGCAUGGAGGAUGAAAUUUGCCCAUAUGCCACCUUCCACCUGCUCGGAUUCCGCGAGGAAAUGGAUCCCACCAAGGCCAUGAACUUCCAGACCUUCCCACACCAGAACGGACAUGCGGGUCCAGUUCCCGGACACGCCGGCACCAUGCUUCCGCCCGGACAUCCCGGCCACGUGCACUCCCGCUCCGGAUCUCAGUCCAUGCCACGUGCCAACCGCUACCAGCGCAAGAACAGCCAAGGAGGACAGUCUUCGAUCUACACACCAGCUCCCGAAUACGAUGACCCAGCCAACUGUGCCGAGGAAGAUCAAUAUCGCCGCUACACUCGUGUCAACUCUCAAGGAGGCAGCCUGUACUCCGGACCCGGACCUGAAUACGAUGAUCCCGCCAACUGCGCUCCCGAGGAGGAUCAGUAUGGCUCCCAGUACGGUGGCCCCUAUGGACAGCCCUACGAUCACUAUGGUUCCCGAGGUUCCAUGGGUCGUCGCAGCAUUGGCUCGGCUCGUAACCCUGGCAAUGGAUCACCAGAACCUCCACCACCACCACCACGUAACCACGACAUGAGCAACUCCUCAUUCAACGACUCCAAGGAGAGUAACGAGAUCUCAGAGGCCGAGUGCGAUCGCGAUCAUGGACCCCGUGGCAACUAUGGCGAAGACACUGAGGCUGUGAAGCGAUCCCCCCAACCAAAAGAUCAGCGCACCACCGAAGAAAUGCGUAAACUGAUUGAGAGUCGACGACAGUUAAACGAAGCCGGCCCAAAACAACUCCAACUCCAACAAACAAAUGGCGCAGGAUUCACAGCCUACGAUACUAUGGCAGUGUAAUUUGUAAGCCCAUCCUGUCGAAGAUGGACGUGGCUUUUUAGCUUAGCGAUGUAAGGGCAUGAAGUGCGUGGGAGUUGAAUGACACUCGGACACACUCAGAAACAGAUACAGACAGAUCAUCACUGCGAGGGCAGGAAUGGAAGAUGAAUAUAUAUCCCAUAUACACGUAUAAUUAUUCAACUAUUUCAAGUAAUUAUAAAUGGGGAUAAUGCCACGAAAUUUUGAAAAGCAUAUUUACAUAUAUAAAGUCUACGCAAGCAGUAAACCAAACAAGCAUACGAUAUAUAAGUACAUCCAUAAACACAUAACAUAUAAAUGAAUAACUAUCAUAAGUGUGUGCAGAAUAUUACUAAAGUUAUACCACGAAUAAUAUGAACGAUCAGUAGUGAACAAAAAGCAAAAAAACAAAAAGAAAUCUGAAAAACAUACUUAUAUAUUCACUUACGAAUAUUUGAAACUAAAUUUAAUAUUGUAUCCUAGGUUUAAGUGUGAUUUACUAAAAUAUCAGAGGUGUAUCGAGUGUGAGGAGACACUCUGUUUGUGUAAGCUUUUUUGCCAUCUAUGCCAGGAGCAGAAAACUCAUCCUUUGUCUAGCCUAAGUCAAAGUCAUAACAUUAACUUGUCUAAUUGAUACAUUUAGUCAUAUACAUACGGAUUGUAUGAUUUCUUCCUAUACAUUUUGUAAUUUGUAUGGAACGCGCACAUUUGCAGUUUUGUUUGCGUUGAUUUGUGAUGAUUGUUAAUUUGUAGAUUUGUGUGAGUCUUUAAUUUAAUUCGUAUUUGUUUAUGCAUUAUUUAUAUACUUUAAAAUUACAUUACUCUUAUUUAAACUUACAAUUUUUAAUUCAGAAAUGCGCUUCCAAUAGAACAAAACAGAAAUUGUUCAAUGCACAAAUCGUAAACACAUUUGAAUGUAUUAUACAAAAUCCCCAGGACACUGAAGUAAAUGAGUAAAACCCACACUGGCACGAUUUAUUUAGACCAAUUUUGAUCUGAACGCAGUUUUAAACAUCAGUUAUACGCAUUUGAAGCUUUAAGAUAACUUGAAAUUGUUUAUUUCAUUUCAUUUUAUACAUUUUAAGUUUUAGCUUGUAAGUUGCAAAAUAUAUAAUUUUGAUUUUAUUUAAAA